UUCCAAUGGUAGUGAAAAUGUCUGUCUCACGUUUUUGGUGUGUGUGUGUGUGAUUCGAUGUGUGUGUAGGCAGGCUUCAUCAGUCUAGUCUUACCGUCCAGGUUUGGUUCAUUCUUUUUCUCCUAGAGGACAAGAAACUUGAGCUUAUGUAAAUAUUGUGAUCAUACGCAAGGACGAAAGUAGUAGAAAAGUUGACACGGCCGACGUUGUUUUUGAGUCAUUAGACAUCCUGAAUAUCAAGAAAGGUUAGUGUGUUUAGUAAACUUUCUUUUUUACUCAUUUUCUGAGAAGGUCAACACAAGGGCACUACAAAUGUCGUGCAAAGUGGUGCUAUCGAUGCUACUGCUGUGUGUAAUGAGCUGGAGAGUUGAUGCUAAAUCCAAGGUGCUCCUUGUCUCAAUGGAUGGGUUCCGGCACGACUAUCUCACCAAGACAACUAAUGUUACCAACUUUACGAGACUGAUCAAUGCUGGAGUUACCAUGCCUUACAUGAACACUUCGUUCGUAACAAAAACGUUUCCAUGCCACUACAGUAUGGUCACAGGACUCCAUCCUGAAGUUCAUGGAAUUAUCUCGAACAGGUUCUAUGAUCCCGAUGAAAACAAAACCUUCUCGCUCAAGAACACUGAACCAUUUUGGUGGGAAAACGGGGAACCGAUCUGGAUUACUGCUGUGAAAUCAAACUUAAAAGCAGGUGUAUUCUUCUGGCCUGGGAGUGAGACUGAACUCCAAGGAAAGAGAGCCACACAGUGGAGAAAAUACAAUAGUUCCGUUCCUUUCGAACAACGGGUGACCACAGUUGUCCAGUGGUUAGCCGAUGACAAUUUCGACCUGGCUCUCUUGUACUUCAAUGAGCCAGACUCUACCGGCCACGCUUAUGGGCCAGAUAGUCAGCCUGUGGUCGAGACGAUUGAAAAAAUGGAUAGUAUUCUUGGUCAUCUCCUGAGAGAAUUAGAGAGAAAUGGAUUAAAGAACAAAGUAAACCUGAUUGUCACCAGUGAUCAUGGAAUGUCGGACGUAGAUCUGGAGCACAGGCUGAUCGACAUUUCUGAAUUAGUUGACGACACCUUGUUAAGCCGUGUGGUAGACGAAGGACCUACUGCCAACUUGAUACCUGAACCAAAUAAAGCCAAAGAGCUUGUCGAGGCUUUGUCUAGUGUUGAACAUCUUCACGUGAUGCUGAAAGAAAACAUUCCAGAAAGAUUUCAUUUAAAGAACAAUAAGCGAGUGAUGCCUGUCUUUGCAUACGCCGAUGAAGGAUGGCUCAUUGUUUCGAAUGUCACCACCAGAAAAAUGUAUCCGCUGAAAGGCGACCACGGCUACGACAAUGACCUUAGCAACAUGAAGCCUUUCUUUCUCGCCAGUGGACCAGAUUUCCAGACGGGAGGUAAACGAGUGGAUCCAAUUCAAAAUGUGGACAUUUAUCCACUGAUAUGCCAUUUGUUGGACAUUCCUACCGCUCCAAACAAUGGCAGUUUAAACAGAACGAUGAAUCUACUGAGAAGCAAGCCAUCGAACAAGGGCAUUAAUCUACAGUGUAGUUUAGUUUUAUUGUUAAUUCAUUUUUAUCUUUGUAGUAAAUUGAAUUAUCUCCCCUAGUACAUGAAAUAUAAUAAUAAUAAUAAUAAUAAUAA